UUGACACGUGACGUAUUAUUAUUGCUUUUUUAAGGCAUCUGUUGCUGAAUGAGUUAAAUAAGCCGAUGAGGUGUGUAAUUUAGUUUCGUAGUGAAUUACUAGCUGUCAAUUUGUUUCCUUAUUAUGAUAAGUUUGAUCAAAAUAUUAUAAUCGUGUUUGAAAAUUAUAUUAUUACCUACUUAGGCAUUAUAUCUAAGAGAAAAUAUGGAUAAAUUAAAGAAAGCACUAAGUGGUGAUGAUGUGGAUGAAGAAUCUGGAAUUAUGCAUCAGGUUAUGGAUGCAUCUACAUUUAGUUGGAGUACUAGAAUUAAAGGCUUUAUCAUUUGCUUUAUUUUAGGAUUUGUGUUUUCUAUUGUGGGUUCAGCCUGUGCAACAAUACCAGGAAAAGGACUUGUACUGUUUGGGAUAUUUUAUUCUUUGGGAAAUAUAACAGCAUUAUCUAGCACUAUGUUCUUGAUGGGACCUUGUAAUCAGUUACAAAAAAUGUUUGCACCAACAAGAAUUUUAGCAACAAUAUCAGUUUUGGGAUUUCUAGCUCUAACACUAUGUGCAGCCUUUUGGUGGCAUAAAAAUGGACUCGUUAUACUAUUUUGUAUUUUCCAAUUUUUUGCAAUGACUUGGUAUUCAAUUUCAUACAUACCUUAUGCACGGAAUGCCGUGCUCAAGUGCUUUGAAUCGUGUUUGUCAUAAAAGUGGUAUUCUAAUACAAUUUGUAUAUAUUUGUAAUACAAAUUUUUUAAUAAGGCUUGCCUUUUUUGCAUAGAAAUCAUCAAAAUUACUAAUUAUACAUGUAAACAUAUUUUACUAUUUAUAUAUUUCAAAUCAUAUUGUAUGGAUCAUUCAUUCUUUGUUGAAUUGCAAAAUAAAUAAAGCUUCUGUUUUGUUUUUAAGGCAUUCUGUCAUAUACUUUUGAGCUUCUGGGAUUAUUAAUUAGAUUUAUUAAAUAAAGUGCUGUUUGUGUUGUAUUAUGCAUGUCACUUGAGUAUUUUGCUUAAAUGCGUAAAGUCAAUCAAUAUGGUCUAAUGAUGUCUUUAUAAAUUUAGCUAGAUUAUAUUGCCGCAAGACUUCUUCUUUCUUGAUAAUUUUUUCCCCAGUGGAACUAAAUUGAGUUUAAAAAAUUGUUUAUAAAAAUGGCUUAUAAUAAUUCUGAAUGUAUAGUUUUGAAGCUAAAAAAGCUAUAUAUUUUUGCGUGAAAAAAAUGUAUGAGCUGUCAUAAAAAUGCUUCACCAUUUUUCAACUUUUAAAAAACUUUUUCUAUGAGAAUUUUGCUAAGAAAUGUGUCUAUAUUUAAAAGUUAUAUGAAGUUUUUUAAGAAACAUAAGAAAAGUUUCAAAUGUGAUAAAUUUUUAGAAAUUCUUGCUAGUGCCUUAUAUAGCAAUGUUCAUUUAUAUUCAAAAUUCAUAUUUGAUCUUGAAAACAAAACAAAAAAAAAACUUAGCCACAGUAUUAAGAUUAUUGCCAAAUUUUUGGUUUCUAUUGUGAUCUGCAUCAUGCUUUAUAGUUUUAUUUUUUAAAAAUGAUUAUUGAAAAAAUAAUAUAAUUAGAUUUGUUUAAAUAGUAAUAGUUCAUUCAAUCUUGUGCAACCAUUUAAAGAAAGCAAACAGUUCAGUCAUAUUAUUCUAUAGUUUGGGACCCCAAAUAUGUAAUCCUCAAGAACAGGGAACACUGAUAUAUAUAAUCCUGAUUUUAGUAAGAAUGUAAAAUUAUAACUUGACAACGUCUGCAAUAAAAGAAAUGUAAUUUGUUAAUAAAUUAGAAUAUAUAUUUAAUAUUUUUUCUCCUUUCAUAACAAAAUUAUUUUUAAUAUAUCAGUCAGUUUUUCUUUGAUUCCUGCAAUUUAACGUUAACAGUUCCUAUAUUCUGGUUGUCAGGACUUUCAGAGUUAGAGUCUAUAUUACACUAAGCUUAAAAUAGCAAUAAUAAAAAAUUAUCAUAAAAGUAGUAAUGUUAUAAAUUAAUAUUAAUUCACAGUAUUUAAAAUGUCCCUAAAAUCCUUUUUAAACUGAAAUCAAAUUGAUAUCACAAACAAUAUGAAAAUAUAUUUGCUUUCAUUUGCAACUUGCCUGAGGAACAUGUUAGUCUUGACAACAAAAGUGUUGUAAUAUUAAUAUAUUGAAAAUGAGACAUGAAUCUGGUUCCAAAUUUAAAGUAAAUUUUGAACUGAAUUUGUUCAAUAGUUACAUUAAAAGCUCUUAUAAGUAUAUAUAUAUUAGUUUUAUAAAGGUAAUUUAAAAUUAAGAUACAAUAUUAGGAAAUCUUGUAUAUAUCAGAAUUAUGUGCUAUUUAUGAGCUUAUUUAUUCAAUCAUCUCAAAUAUAUUUAUAUUGUUAAAAUUUCUUUUAUAAAUGUUUUUUAAAUAUGAAAAUUGAAGACUUGUUUGUGUCUUAUAUUUUUACUAUAAAAAUGUUGGAUAUUUGUUGAAGUUAUUCAUGUAUAUUUUUUUACUUGUAAAGAAAAAAAUAUUUCAAAAUAUAUGAAGAUCAAGGGAUUUACGUUCCUCUAAAUUUCAAAACAAAAUUCCUUUCUAAUCAAUACUACCUCACUAGAUUUCCCAUCAUCUUUCCUUAUACUUUUCUUUGUUCUUGCUUAUGCAUAGAAAGGAACCAUAUUUAAUCAGUAUAGUCCAUUUUCACUGUGUAAUAACUUUCAGGUAGAAUCAAUUUUCUAUAUUUUUGAUUUAUAUAAACCUAGUAAUGUUCAAAUUGCACAGGUGGCGAUCCAAUCUCUAUUUUUGUUUAAAAUGGACAUGUUCUUCCCCAUUGAUCUUCAUACAUCAUAAAUUUUUUACGUAAAAAUUUGUUUAUGGCAGUCCUUUUGCAAUUUUAUGUUUAUACAUAAUUGUUAUUCUGUGAAUAGUUGACUAAUAGUGUAAUUCAUCACUUUUUAUUCUUGAUAAACGUCACAAAAUAGUUUUUUCCAGAUAAAAUAUAAUUUAAAAUGGCGUAUGACUGAUCUCUUCGAAUUAGAGUUUAAGUGUAAAUAGAACUGAUAAUUUCCUUUAAAAAGGGUUAAAUUGAUAAGAAAAGAAAGAAACUAUUAUGAUGCUUGAAAAUUUAACCUGAUAGCCUUUGAGCAGCUGUUUAUAAAUUUUUAAAUUUGUGCUAUUCUUAGAUUGAUUUUAUGGUUAACUGACCGAACAUGUUGAAUAAACCUAAUUCUCGCUUUAUUGUAUCACAUUAGUUGUUUCAAAGCUAAUUUUCAAAAAUUUACCUUUCAUUGAACAAAUAAGGUUAAUUGUAAUGUGCUCAGAUACCAUGCAUUAGUACCGGACGAGUCUGAUAAAAAAAUUAAUUAUUUACUCUUUUUUUUUGCAAUAUUUCUAAAUUAGUCUACAAGCCCAGUAACCUGCAAAAAUACUAUAAAAGUCAAAUAAGAUCUGAUUUCAAUUUUUGCUUUUUUUUCCUGAACUAAAGAAAGAAAAUAAGAUGAUGAACACCUUGUGAACACUUUAAAAGUAACAAAAUGUUACAAACCUAAAUUGUAGAAUGAAAUUAUUCCAAUUUAAUGGUCAAAAGAUUGAGCAUUUCUUAUGUUGAAAUGUGUUUUCAGAUGGCUCAUUACUACCUAUGAUGCCAACCAUUUCUUCCUGUAAGCAAUCAGAAAAAUAAAUUUCUCUUUGGGUGCUGGUUCACCAAGAGUUUUUUGGUUUAAAAAAAUCAGUAUUUUUUUUGAAAUUAAGAUCUGCUGCUUUAAUUUUUAUUAACUAUACAUAGUUUGUUGCUUUCAUUGAUUUUUGUUCUUUUUAAAAAAAAUAUUCUGCCCCCUUUUUUUUUGUGUAAAAAACUACUUUCUUAUAAGUUCAAAUUUAUGAAAUGCAUACGUUUUGUAAAUAAUUGUGUAAAAUUUGUUUGUAGUCUUAGAUGAUAUUUAAUAUUGUGACUCCUUUUUUUGGUUAUAUGUCAUAUUUAGCUUUCACUAUUUGAUGUAUGUAUUUUUAUGUAAAUCAUCGCAAAACUUUUUUUUUACAUUACAAUUUGUAUUAUGAUCUGUGCUGUUCUAAUAGUUCUCUAAUAAAUUUCAGACUGUUAUUCAAA